AUGUCGGAACACGAGUCCUCGGUCCCUGGUUAUGAGGAGCCAGAGCAGUCGGCUUCUCAAAAUGGCCAUGGCGGGGACUCCAAGCCGCCAAUGUAUCGGUCUGAAGAGACGCUGCAGGCCCUAUCAUUACUGAAUACAAAUGACAAACCGGAGCCUCGACAAACAACCACCAAACAAGCACCUAUACCUGUACCCUCCUCCGCCGAGAUAUCCGAGGCCCAAGCGACUCUCCGUCAGGCCUACCCUCACGUUUACCCAUCCUCCCGAGCCCCCUCGACUCGCUCUUCAUCAAGCUCACUACAAGCCCUUAACGAGGAUAUCGUGGUCGAUGUACGAUCGGACAAGGGCAAUGGCAGUGUUGGACGCAGCCCUCGCAGAACAUCUCGACACUCGGAACAUACGCCCGAAUAUCCAGUCUACCCCGACCAGUCCUAUGCCUCUUUACAAUCCCAGAUCCAUCCGACUUCGCAACCGCCGCAUGUACGGUCCCGCAGCUCUUACCCUUCACAGGCCGAGCCGGCCCCUCGGUUUUCACGGCCGGUUCGUACUGCUGGGAAUACCCCGAUGUCGAGUCCAGGUCUUUUCUCGAUGAGGAGCCCCAGAAAUACCCCACCAUUGGCUUCCAACGAAGAAGGUUUCAUCGAAAGUCCAGGUCUACAUCCUAGCCAUCUUCAGCCUCCAAAGGAAACACACACGGCGGAAGUGGAUCGGGACUUGGUGACGGGGAACAAACUAAUUAACCAAUACGAGAUUUUGGAAGAACUUGGACGAGGUGAGCAUGGCAAAGUUAAGCUAGGCUGCCAUGUCACAACCAAACAAAAAGUUGCUAUCAAAAUUGUACAGCGCUACUCCAAACGACGUCGACUUGGCAAGCUCGGAGACGCAGAGGACAAAGUGAAAAAAGAGGUUGCCAUCUUGAAGAAAGCCCGACACCCCAAUGUUGUUAGUUUACUGGAGGUCAUUGAUGACCCUAAUCGACAAAAGGUUUACAUAGUGUUAGAGUAUGUGGAGAAAGGUGAAAUCGUCUGGCGCAAAAGGGGACUUCGAGAAAUCGUGCACGUUGACAAGUUACGACUUGAUCGUGAGAUGGCUGGGAUCCCUGAUACCCCUGCCUUUGUGGAAGAGAGUCAACAAUUUAUUCGCACUGCUCAACAUUUACGUCGUCAGCGAGAGAAGGCCAGAGAACGAGUUGAAGCGCAGGCCGCAGAUGCACAGCAAGGGCCAAUCCCCGCUUGGAGUCUCGAGCACGGCGCAGAGUCAGACGAGGAAGAAGAAGAAGAAGGCGGGGAAGGGUUAGCCAUUGCAAUGAGACGAUCAUCAACUAGAUCUGCGGCUGUCACAGAUGGAUCUCCCAGCCAGUCCUCCAGCCACGAAUCAUCUUUGGCGGCGGUCGAAGGCACCAUGUAUGGUGCCUACACAGACUAUCCCUUCGAACGACGCUUCAGCACAGCAUCCAGCAGCUUUGGAUAUGCUCCAUCUGAACCAGAGUGGUCCGCUGAUAGGGAUGACAUGUCUUAUGUUCCUUGCCUGACUAUCGAUGAGGCACGCACCGCUUUUCGAGACUCCGUCCUUGGGUUAGAGUAUCUUCACUUCCAAGGUAUCAUCCAUCGUGAUAUCAAGCCAGCGAACCUCCUGGUCACUAGUAAUUACCGUGUCAAAAUUUCCGAUUUUGGCGUGUCAUACUUAGGACGGCCCAUGCGCGAUGAAGAGGAAGAAGAUUUGCGCGAGACCGACGCAACAGAAUUGGACGAUGCUCGAGAAUUAUCAAAGACCGUCGGCACUCCUGCUUUCUACGCCCCUGAGCUGUGCUACACCGGUGAAGAUUUCCUGGAGAUUAUCGGGUCAGUGCCUAAGAUUACCGGAGCCAUCGAUGUCUGGUCCCUGGGUGUGACUCUCUACGGAAUGAUCUUUGGUCGGCUUCCAUUUGUUUCAGAUGAUGAGUACAGCAUGUUUCAAACUAUUGUGAAAAAAGAAGUUUUCAUCCCACGCAAGCGUCUAGUCCCUAUCAAAGAUGAAUUGCUAGGUGACGAUCAGAUGAAUUGUCGCAAUAGUGAUGAGCUUGUUUAUGAGGACAUUGAUGAUGAGGUGUAUGAUCUACUACGCCGCUUAUUGACGAAAGAUCCUUUCAAGCGCAUUACCUUGAAGGAAAUUAAACACCAUCCAUGGACUCUACGCGGUCUUCCCAACCCACGAGCAUGGGUUGAAGAAAGUGACCCAGGCUUCCAAAGCAAGGGCAAGAGAAUUGAGGUUUCCAAUGAAGAAGUCACAAGUGCCGUCAGCAAGGUCCCGUUCAUCCAACGCGUUCGCUCUAAUGUGGCAAAAUGGUUUGGUGGUCGCUCUUCCAAGGAAAAGGAACCCCGCAAGCGAUCAAACAAUUCGUCAGAUACUUUAUCUUCGGCUUCCAGCAUGAGUACGUUUGGGAAAACGCCAGUUGCUAGUCGCCGUUCGAGUUUGAAAGGCGAUGAAGAUAUUCGAGCGUCCAAGUUUAGCUCCCAAGGAGAACAUCCUCUCGCUCAGAGCGUUACAGCAAGCCCAGUAGAGGAGCAAUCCUGGGGUCAUUAUUUCGAAUCCGCAUUGACGCCUGACAGCAAGCCUACUGUUCUUAUUUCAACUGGCAAAGCACGCCCUGCCCCUCCUCGACGAGCAAAGUCUUCUCUGUCUACAGCAGAAUCUAUUAAAACAGUGAGGCAGUCGAGUUUCGAUUCUCCAACAAUCAUCCGACCACGGACCGGCACACCAUCAAUCAUUGAGGCUUUAGGGACUACCAGUUUUGGCAGUCUUUUUACCGGUGCCCACCGCCGCUCUUCGCGUGGAGCACAAAAUGGCAGUCGAAGCCGACGUACAUCACCUUCCGCAGAUGCAGUUUCUCUAGAUGGCGAUCGCCGUUCUGAGCCCAGCCUUGCUUUUAGUAGCGCUUCUGCAUUAGGUCAGGUACGCAUACCUGGUCUUUGGCAUGCCCAGGCUCCUCCCCCUUCCUCCCGCAACUCCGCUAUGGCAUCCGCGCACCGACGCAACCGCUCCCAGCAGCUCGCUGGUAAAUCCUCCGCAGAGUCGUUCAACCUAACCAAGGAAGCUCUCUUGCGCCGCCGGAGAAGUGAUGUUGAGCCCAGCGCAGAUAAUGCAUUGGUGUCGCACACUGAAAGUGCGAUGGUCUCAACCGACUCCCUUCAUUUGCCCACAAUUGUUUCACCGGAUACUGGCUGUCCUGUCAACCCUCCCAGCAAUGGUCUCACUACAUCUGCCCCAUCCGCCAUCACUAUCUCUUCGUCCUCCGCUGAAGACUUUACUAGCGGCAUGUCUCAAAGCGCGUCUCAUCCUAGCAUUCCGUCUGUCGUAUCUGGUGCUUCCUCUCUCUCUGGUGACGGAAUGUGCUCUCAGUCCAAGGAUUCCGAUGACUCAUCGUCUGUGCCUUCGAUUCUACGAACAGGCGAGACCGUCAAAGCUUAUCCUCAACCAUCACCUCGCCCCUCUGAGGAAGAUGAAUCUCGGUACUAUUGUGAUGACGAAGACGAAUUUGAUGAAUCUGAAGAUGAAGGCCUUGUGAUUGGAAAGAAGAAGCCAUCGACCAAAGCGCCAAUUCCCACAGGCAGAAAGGCUGCUGCGGAAUAA